AUGGCCGCCAUGACCAAAGCAGACGUCAAUCCUGUCAACGUGGACAUGACCUUUGACGUAGACACAGCCAACAACUUCCUCACCAUUUCUUCUGACCUGAGGACAGUCUACUGCAGGCGUUUUGAGCAGCAGGUGGUGACAGAGUGCAUGGAGAGAUUUGACCAAGCCUUGUGUGUCCUGGGCUCGAGUCGGUUCACCUCCGGCCGCCAUUACUGGGAGGUGGACGUGGAAGGAAGCCAAGAAUGGGAUCUGGGUGUGUGCAGAGAAUCCGUUAUUCGGCAAGGGAAGAUUCAGCUGUCUACAGAACAUGGCUACUGGACAGUGAGCUCAAGAAAGAGAGGCGACUUCGUUGCCAGCACCACACCGGCCUUGCCACUCUGUGUGGGCCUCAACUUACGCCGAGUGGGCAUUUUCCUCGAUCUGGGCAUGGCAAGCCUGUCCUUCUUCAACAUGAGUGAUGGGGCCCAUAUCUACACGUUCACCAAGAUUUCUGCUUCAGAGACUCUGCGCCCAUUUUUUGCCCCUUCAAUUCCAACUGAUGGUGGUCAGACGUCCCUGAGUAUCUGUCCUGUGAUGAAUUUUUCUUUCUUUAAAUUCACCUAG